AUGGACUUCCUGAACAAGAAGAGCUGGCAUCCGUCCAAGUUCUCCAACGUCGAGAAGGUAUGGAAGGUGGAACAGGAAGCCGAAGCCGAGAGGCGCAAGAUGCAGGAGCUCAAGAGGAAGCUCCAAGAGGAACGUCAAAUCGAGGAGCUCAGGAAAGUCCAGAACACUGGCAAUCUUCGAAGCAAACCACGACAGGAAAGGCUCGAUUGGAUGUACGAGGGAGCGGCUCUGCUGACCCAGACCUCGGGCGAUGAGUUCCUCAAGGGCAGGGCCGCCACCGACGCACAGAUCGAGCAGGCCGCCAAGCCGGAAGCCCAACAGGCCGAGCCUGCCUCGGCACAGGCUUCGGCAGGGCUGGGCCUCUUCGACAACGAGAAGAAGGUGAGCGCCGAGCAGGAGGCGUGGAACAGGAUCAGGGAGGACCCGCUGCUCGAGAUCAAGCGCAAGGAGAAGGAGGCCAAGGAGGUGGUGACCAAGAACCCGGCCAAGAUGCAGCGCAUCAAGGACCGGCUGCUGGGCAUGGAGAAGGAGCGCAAGAUGGCCAAGAAGCUGCGCAAGCUCGAGAAGAAGAAGGCCAAGGCGUGGCUCGACGGCAACCUGGACGGCGACGGCGGCGACGACUCAGACAAGGCGCGCCGGCGACGGGAGCGCAAGGAAAAGAAGCGGGCCAAGAAGGAGGCCAAGAGGGAGAAGAAGCGGAGCAGGAGCCGCGGCGAAGAGGAGGAGGAGAGGAGCGAGGUGGAUGGCGGCGGCGAGAGGAAGAGGAGGAGGCUCGAUGACGAGUCGGAUGACCGCCACGCCGCGGGCGAACGCGUUGGUCACCACAAGGCCGAGCAGCAGCCGGAACGCGAGCGAGACAGGGAGAGGAGGGACGGUGAACGCAGCCGAGACCACGAUCACGAGCACGGCCGAGACCGCGACAGGGGCCGGGACCGGGAGAGGGAGCGCGAGCGAGACCAUCACGACAAGCACAACCGGGAUCGCGACGGAAGGAGGGACAGGGGUCGCGACAGCGGCCGAGACAGGAGGGACCGGGACAGAGAGCACGACAGGGAGAGGGACAGGGACGGCCGUAGGAGAGACAGGGAGGCGAGGGACGACAGGGACGGAGAGGACCGGAAGCGCAGCAGGAGCUCUCCCGAGUCGACGGCCGCCAACGGCGACAGCAAGCCAGCGGCGUCAGCUUCGGCGUCGGCGUCAGCUUCGAGCGAGCACCAGGAGUACGUGGAGAAGAAGGCGCGGGAGGGCUACGGCCUGGUGACGGCCGCGGGCGAGCGCGCGUCGGCGACCAUCAUCGCGCCGCAGAAGGACCUGGUCCAGGUGCAGAAGGAGGCCGCGGUGCAGCGGAAGCGCGAGCGGGAGGAGCGCGAACGCGAGGCCAAGGCCCGACGACAGGAGCGGAUUCAGCGCGAGCGCGAGCUGCGCGGGCUGAACGAGGAGGACCGCCGGCGCAAGCUGGAGGAGAUGCAGCAGGACGCCGGGCACAACGAGGAGCGGCGGAUGCGCAACCUCAAGACCUACAGCGACACCAAGUCCAAGGAGGAGAAGGACUACGAGAGCCGCAAGGGCGACGAUCUCACCUUCCUCAACAACGUGCAAAAGGAGGCCUAUGGCGUGGCGAACAUGGAAGACCGACUCAAGCGUAACGCCCACUUCAGGUACCGCGGCAACCUCGACGAGAGCAACACCUUCCAGAAGUGA